GACCAGGAUGAAGCAUUUUCAAAAAUUCGGGACUAUUUUGCAGCCGUGCUGGAUUUUGAUUUAACAACUAUUGUCCUGCACCAGGACAGACUACUGCUCCUGCAGAGUUUUGCUGCCUCACCUGGAACCUUAAGGAUGGGAUGGUGUGGUAUGGGGGGUCACCAAUUGAUCCUGGUUUUGACAAGCUUGGAGAUUGGAAGAUGGUGCAGGAACAGAGCAGGAAACUUUCGCUGCCAAUUCCUCCCUACACCUACAGUCGAGGGCUUGCCUAUUCUGUGGGGGAAGACCGAUACGACGAGGUCGUCAAGUCAAUCUGGGAGCAAUCACGAACGUUUGAGCUGUCGGACGAGACCCCACGGCGUCCCUACCACUAUGUAUUCGCUGCUGAAGAUAAUAUCCCGAUAGCUGUUGGAUGCUUGGCCUGGCUGAUGGCACAGCAUGGAAGCAACCCUCGGAUUCGCGUUCUCUCAAUGGAACGCUUCGUCUUAGAGUUAUUUCGAACCUGUCAUAUUAGACAGUGCGCCAUAGACCUACAAGCAAAAGUAGUUCAGGAAGUGCAGGGACCUACCAAGAAGUCAACUGAGUCCGUGGUCAAAGCGAGUGAUCCUGUAGGUACCGGAGUGGGUGGUGUAGGUACCGGAGUGGGUGGUGGUAAAGCGAAAAGUACCACUACCAAAGAUGGUCCUCUUCCAGCAGAAAGUUCAAACUUGGCGUACGUCGCGUCCAUCAAGUACGCAACCGCUACCCUUCACAGUUUUGAUAUCAGCUCAUCACUUAACAAACGCCUUCGGCUAGGAUGUCUCUGGCACCAGCGCGAAAAUACAUCGGAUAGUAUCGUGCACUGCUCUUUGAAACAAUGCAAAAAAUGGAUGUACAAAACACUAGAGAAAGCAUUAGAAAUUCUUAAACGGGAUUACUCGGCCCAUGCCAAAGAACUUGCCAAGCCCGACAUUGAACCAGUCUUGUGGGAGGAAAGUGAUGCGAUGGGAGUGGAAGCUCGCCAGCGUUUAGGAUUCUUUACACAUAUUUCUCAGAAGCGGACCGAGGUGCUGGAACGGGGAUUUAUAUUUCCGGAUCUGCUCAAAGAAAUGCAACUCCGAAUGCCCAAUGGGUUGAAAACACCACCAACACAACUCAUUUGGCCUCUGGAACGGUCUGUUGAGCUGGAUCUCAACUGGAGUCGGUCCCAACGUUUCAAAAUCGUGGACCUGGAGCCAGAAGCUAGAGGUGAGCGACUUGCAGAGCUCAAACGACAGAUUCUCCCAGGAUUUCCAAACGGCGCCGUCGAUUUGAUGGAAACGAAUCGAGGUCUUGAAGAACAAAUUAAGGAACUGAAUAAAAAAUUGGACGCCCUGGCAGUUGGCCGAGGUGGCAGUAGAAUUUCCAGAAACAAGAAGUUUGACGAAUCCACCUGCUUUAAUUGUCAAAGUGCUUUACAUUUUACAAAUGAAUGCAAACUUCAAUGUUUUAUUAGAAACCAAGACCAAACAACCUACGAGAAAUUUGAACCUGCAGGGAGAUAUUCCUUUCAAAUGCGACUACCCGGGCGCCCGGCAGGAGAGGUGGUUUCUUUUUAUGAAGAAUUGUUAAAGGUCAAGCUGAGUCGAAAAGAAGUCCAACUUGCCUUUGCUUUCUACUUCUUUGAUGAAGGUUGCUGGAAUUGUGCACAUCCCUUUCAUCACCGCCCAGAUUGUGGUAAAAAUUUGAACAAGGCCCUUCAUGAUAUAGCUAAACGGAUGCACGAAAUAAAUCAUCCCCUGACCGACGAAGCUCGAAAGAAGAAGCUUGAAAGUAAAUUUCUGUACCAGAAACCAGGGCGCCCCAACUAAAAUAAUAAAAUUUAAUACAUAUUCUCUAAUUAUUUAUUGAAUCACCUUGAAUUGAUUUUUAUAUUUACAAGUAUUAUAAAUAUAUUAAAAUUUGAUCACACAUAGUAAAUAUUUGAUUACGUGCUCGAAUUAAAUUAUUUCAUUCAUUACACAGUUGAAUUCACUUGUUUGGUUAAGUUUUUAAAUAUGUGUCUGCAUUUUUCCCUAAAAUCUAUGUUUUGGUUUGUGAUUAAUUUUAUAAAAGAACGAGCAUUUCCACCCGUCCGCUCUACGCUGCGGAUUGUUUGACAGCAAAUCGUCCGCUUCCGUUAGCGGAUGAUCUGCCCAAGGUAGCGCAUUGGUGAAAAUGGACUUGGAGCGGAAAAUGUAGGUGGACGCUGUCGGACGCUUUCCGUCGUAGGUCGCUCACGACUCACGGCAGUGGAAAUCCAGCUUAACAUUGUUCAUUGCGUUAUUCAUUUUAUAAAAGUCAAUUCAUAUUUGUAAAAUGCGUGGUUUAUCGGUCUUCAUCAGAGUUAUCUACGCCUCCCAAUUGUUGUGCACAGCAUUGCCCCUUGCAUCCACGCGAGUGCCAUCAAUCCAGCGUUCCUUCAGGGCCGACUCCGGGAUGAGGAUCGGGAGGUUUGUGACCUCGUCCAAGGAUGCCAUAUGCGGGAAGGGAGGAAUUAUUCCUGGGCUGUCGUCAGGAACUAUUUCGAAAAGCUUCACACCAUCCCUCACAUACUGCUCUGCUUUUUGGUGGAGACCCAAUCCAUGGACGAGAGCGGCAUCCGGGUCAGAGAUGAUCCACGGCUGUUGAAAAUGAAAAAAAAAAUGAAAAUAAUCCUUUAACGUCAUUAGAUAUCAGAUUAACUCAUCUGGUUUUCAAUCCGUGACGAUUCCUUCUCACCAUAUAUCUCUGGCGAUGAGUUAGAUCUUCUCACAGAGAACGGACUCUGUGAGGGCUCCCCUUUCUGGCAUUGCCAGACCGUCUGGCCGGGUUCACCCAACCAUGAGAGGAGCACCCACCCCGUACUAACACCGAGCCGAGUAGGAUUAGCAAAUAGCUUCCCGGACAGAGAGGAAUCGAACGUGUGACUGCGUGGUGACAGUUCCACCCCCGAUCCCCCAAGCCAAAGGGCUAUUCCGUUGAUGUUCCGUUCUGUUGAUCAUUUGGGUAGGCUGCAUUCCAGGUGACGAGGUAAUACUGCGAGAAAAAAAAUAAUUUGUUUGUACAGAGCAAAAAUUCAACACAUAUACUUCCUUACCAUCACAAAUGCCUCGGCCUGCUGGGCGGUAGCCUUAUCGUCACAAACUAUGGCUCUAAGUUCCAAACAGACGACAGAAUUCUCCAGAUUUCCGUCUGAUUUGACCUUCAACAGGGACUUGAUUUUAUCCCACACUUUGCUGAUAGCCCAUUUUUUGAAGUGA